UUAUAAAUUAAAAGAAUAAAAAAACUUCUAACCGAAUUCACUCAGUUAAGCGAACGGUUCCUAUCCGAUCCGAUCGCUGGUGAUGAGCUCGGACGCCCCCUCCGGAGGCGAGGCCGCCGGUAGUAAGGGAAGCUCUACCUCGGACAAGGGUAAGCAGAAGGAGAAGGAGAAGGAGAAGGAGAAGGCGAGGGUGAGCCGAACCUCCCUGAUUCUCUGGCACGCCCACCAGAACGACCCCGCUGCGGUCCGCAAGCUUCUCGAAGAAGAUCGCUCCCUCGUUCAUGCCAGAGAUUACGACAACCGCACCCCGCUCCACGUCGCUUCUCUCCACGGCUGGAUCGACGUUGCCAAGUGCUUGAUCGAGUAUGGCGCCGACGUCAACGCCCAAGAUCGCUGGAAGAACACCCCUUUAGCUGAUGCCGAAGGAGCUAAAAAGCAUAUCAUGAUUGAGCUGUUAAAAUCGUACGGUGGCUCGUCUUAUGGCCAAAAUGGAAGCCAUUUUGAACCAAAGCCUGUUCCACCCCCUCUGCCAAACAAGUGUGACUGGGAAAUUGACCCUUCUGAACUGGACUUGUCAAACUCAGCUAUUAUUGGAAAGGGAUCUUUUGGUGAGAUUUUGAAAGCCUAUUGGCGUGGAACACCUGUAGCAAUCAAACGCAUUCUCCCAUCACUUUCAGAUGACAGAUUGGUGAUUCAGGACUUCAGACAUGAGGUUAAGUUGCUAGUGAAGCUUCGUCACCCAAAUAUAGUCCAAUUUCUCGGAGCUGUCACUGACAAGAAGCCCCUUAUGUUAAUUACUGAAUACUUACGAGGGGGUGAUCUUCAUCAAUACCUCAAGGAAAAAAGUUCCCUUAGUCCUUCAACGGCUAUCAACUUUGCACUGGACAUAGCAAGAGGCAUGGCUUAUCUUCACAAUGAACCAAAUGUCAUAAUUCACCGGGACCUAAAACCAAGGAAUGUACUUCUGGUAAAUUCCAGUGCUGACCAUUUAAAAGUUGGAGAUUUUGGACUAAGCAAGCUCAUCAAGGUUCAGAAUUCUCAUGACGUGUACAAGAUGACCGGAGAGACUGGAAGCUACCGGUAUAUGGCUCCUGAAGUUUUCAAGCAUCGGAAAUAUGAUAAGAAGGUUGAUGUGUUCUCUUUCGCCAUGAUACUGUAUGAGAUGCUUGAAGGGGACCCGCCACUUUCAAAUCAUGAGCCUUAUGAAGCAGCCAAAUAUGUGGCUGAAGGACACAGGCCUACAUUUCGCUCAAAAGGAUACAUCCCUGAACUGAAAGAGUUAACCGAGCAUUGCUGGGCUGCUGACAUGAACCAAAGACCUUCUUUCUUGGAAAUCCUCAAGAGGCUUGAAAAGAUAAAGGAAAAUCUACCAACUGACCAUCACUGGAGCCUAUUCAAUACAUGAUAUCCAAGACCAAUUUGUGUGAUCAGUUAGUAGAUAAUAUAUUUGCCAUUUCUACCAGUCUUCUCCUGUGCUGCCUCCAAUCGAGAGCAGAUGGAGAUUGUGAAUAGACUCAAACUGGUCGUUGGCAAGGAAAUAGCUACUACUGAUCAGGUUACCAAUAUUCUGUUUGUAAUCUUGUCAUGAACGGAUAGAGAUGAUGAUGUUGAUUAAUUUUCUCACUUUCUACAAUUAUCUCGAUGUGAACAAACCUGUUUUAAGAGUCUCGUCCAAAUUGACAUAUGUGAAGAAAGAAACUUCUCAUCCUUUGACCUUAA